AUGCCGCAGGUGCCUGACCAGCCCGAGGCGUUGUAUGGCGACGUCAUCAUGGACCACUACCGCAAUCCACGGCAUCGCGUGCGGCUUCCUGCUGCCGAUGUCGAAACCGAGGAAUUUAAUCCCUUUUGCGGCGACCGGGCGAACCUGCAACUCCAGCUCGGUAAGCAUUCCCAACGACCCGUCACCAUUGAGGGCGUGAGCGCCGUCGCGGAAGGUUGCAGCAUCAUCCAGGCGUCAGCAUCCUUGCUGGCCGACCAGUUGCGGGGUUGCACGCUGGACGAGGCGGCCGACCUGUCGCGUCUGUUCCGCGACCUGAUGCAGGGGAAGCCGAAGAACAACGUGAACCCAGGGACCUAG